UGCUGAUUAGCGAGUGUCAAGGAACUCGAGCUAUUAAACGUCAUUUUGGCUUUUCACAUUAAAAAUUUUGGAAAAGCGGUUGCGGUAAAUUGUGUGCAAAAAUAAAAACUAUACGCAAAAACAGUGUGAAAAGCACAAAAUAAAACCAUUUCAAACAAUAUUUACUGUAGCAAUUCCAACAAUUUCCCUACACAUUCGCACGCAACAUGUUGAUUAAAGUUAAGACAUUAACUGGUAAGGAAAUCGAAAUCGACAUUGAGCCUACAGACAAAGUGGACAGGAUCAAGGAGCGAGUGGAGGAAAAGGAAGGUAUACCACCACAACAGCAGCGACUCAUCUUCUCUGGAAAGCAAAUGAAUGACGACAAAACCGCCGCCGAUUACAAAGUUCAAGGUGGCUCCGUACUUCAUUUGGUGCUGGCGUUGCGAGGUGGACUGUUCUUAUUUAAGGCAUAGAAAAAAUAAAAACAAUUUAUAUAAAUGAAAAGCAAAAACGUUGUGGGGCUAAAACACGAUUUAUUGAGUGGGUGCGCAACACAAAUCGAAUCUCGAUGCAAUCUCAAUGAAAUGAUGUUUGCACUCGUUUGAAGAAUUAAAAGAAUAACGAUUUUUUAUUAAAAUUUGCCCCAUUUAAUUACUAAAAACAUUAAAGAGGCAGGCGUGCCUUAAAUCAUGCAAAUAAAUUUAAUGCGCACGCAUGUCAGCUAGCACUUGGAAUACGUCCGACCAAUAAACGAUUUUUAGGUGUA